AUGCAAGCCGUAAGCAGAUAUUGCGAUACAUCGUCUAACUCACUCGGCCAGCGCCGAGGCAUAUCCGACCUGGCGCGAUUCGCCCUCGACCUGACCUGGGCAAACCCACAAAGAGCAGAGUCCGAGACUCCUGCUCGACCCCGAGCUUACCCUUCUCCGCCCAUGUCAGGGUCUCCUCCCCUCCCACCCAAAACAAACCAAGAGGUUGGUGACAGAGGGCAGCCGCAUGGAAGCUAUCCGUCAACAAGCUCACAAGAUGCCUAUCGGGGAGGACCGCCACCGACGACUACACAGCAGGUCGACAUCCGAGGACCACCGCCGCCGCAGCAGUCCUUGCCACCGCCCCCAACCCGACCGUAUCAUACCGAACAGCAGGACAGGAUGGCCUACUCAUAUCCCCGCCCCGAGGACCACAUGCGAAACCCGCCAUCGGGAUACGCCCAUAUGGCGAGCCAGGCCUUGCAACAGCGCCCGCCACCUUACAUGCAAAUGCCCGGUCCUCCGCCAUCGCAACCAUCUCAGCAUAGCUAUCCGGCAUCGAUGCCCCAGCCUCCCCAGGAGAGCGCUCCCUACACGUCCCCGAAGACCCAGCGAAAAACCAAGGGUCAUGUGGCAUCCGCCUGUGUGCCAUGCAAAAGAGCCCAUCUUCGAUGUGACGCUCAGCGACCCUGCUCUCGCUGUACUAGCAACGGCAAGGAAGACGCCUGCAUCGAUGUGCAACACAAGAAGCGCGGCCGUCCAAGGCUGAGAGACGACCGAGAAGGCCGCUAUGGCCCUUCCACAUAUCCGCAUCCCCAGGAUGCUGCAGCAGCAAGGAGGCCGUUGAGUCUGUACUCUUCUGGCGGUCCUAUUUCAGGGUAUGAUGACCCCGUCCGCCAUAGUCAUUCAUAUCGCGUUCUAAAGUCUCAACCAAGCGAACCUCUGGCGCCCCGUUACCUUGAACGGGCCUCACCGGCCGAUGCGAACCUCUACGCGCCUCCCUUGUCCUCUGCGACGGGCGCGCCUGAGCCCGUUGUGUUUCUGACGAUGGAUCUCGACAUUGCACGCGCGUCUCAGACUUUCACAGACGCCGUCGGGAUCCCAAAUAUCAGGGGUCGAAAACUGUUUGAUAUCGUGAUGCCCUCAGAUCGUGAUAAGGUCCAGAACCAUCAGCGACAGAUGCAGGACGAGCGGGCGAGAAAGGAUCCCGUUUAUCUGCCCCCCAUUUUCGGACAACACGAGCAGGAGCGUGUGUUCGAGUCGUUGCGCUUCGAGGCGGAUGAGGUUUCGCGGUUCCAGCUGGAUCGCCAAGACUUCUUCGUUUUCGCAUCCAGUGACGGGCAACCGCGAUCGUAUUCCGUUCGGUUCGGCCUCGCGAAGCGGGAGUCGAUUUACUUCAUCGUCCUUCUUCUCAACGCCGCCCCCAGGUAUCCUUACCCUUCUCCGUCGCCUCAUGCCCGAGAUAUUCCCUACUCGUCAUAUCAACAGCAGCCGCAGCAGCAGCAGCAACAACAACAGCAGGCGUAUGCGCAACAUACACCCAUUUCUGCGACGUUCGAGCCUACUCGAGCUCGCUAUGGGGAUAGCGCACUUGCGCCCCGUCCGUCGCCUGGUCAUCCUCCACAUAUGAGUUCCGGCCUCAGUCCGGGCAUCAGUCCCGGCAUGCCAUCAUAUGCGGCCUCGCCUAGUCGACCAGAUUACGCUGUCGGCCCGUCGUCGUAUCAGAUCCCUCGCAGUGAACUACCGCCGACCAAUCGGCCUCCGCAGCCCUCGUUCCAGCUCCCGCCUAUCCGCGCCGGCCCCCACCAGCUUCCCCAGCCCGAGCCAUCGUGGCAGAGGGAUGAACGUUCCGGCCGCGUCGACAUUGGCGGGCUGCUCGAAAAACCGGACCCGCAGCAGCGUCGUCCUCAAUGA